CACAGCUUUUGUGUUCUUUCUAUAUAACCUUCUUAGUCUCCCCUUCUUUGACACUCAACACAUCUUGUCCUCUACUUCAAUAGUUCAUUCUUUCUCUCUACUAUACUAUUCUCCCUUCUACCUUUUGCUCCCCUUUGUACUCAAUCCAUUAUUCCCAUACAGCGUGACUGUCUCACUUGCUUCCGUCUUGAGUGUUUGACCUGCUCUCCCAUUUGUGUCGUUUGAGACCAAUCAACCAACCAACCAUCAAUCAGAGGAACCGUAGUUGUUCCUCAAAUGCAGCUGAUCCCUCUCAAUUGUCUCUCCAUUUUAUUGCACUCCUCCUCUUUUACUCUUCCUCAAUUCUAUUUCCAUCAUCUUUGAGCAUCGUCUCAACAUACCCAUUGCUCCUUCUACUUGCUAUCCAGCAAUGACGACGGUAAAUCUUCUACGCGGUCAACCUCCCUCUCCUCCUCAGUCUCCCAGCAGCGACUCUGUCUCCAAUUCCAUUGCUAUGAGCCAAUCCUACGAGAAUCCUGACGGCAUAGUCAAGAUGGCCUACGAUAGUGACCCUCAGCCUUUGGCAUAUACUUCAGCCCCCUCUUUUUACGUCCCCAACAGUGAUUACUCACGAAUGCUUCCCAUGCAGUAUCCUAUUGCUGGCCACCCCGGCCUGAUCAACACCCCUCCUCCUACUGCUGAUGAAAGCGUUUUCCCAGGUGGUCUGGAAUCAACGUCUCCCUGGUCGGUCCCCAAACCGUCCUCUGCGAAGCCACGCGUUUCAAGAGCUCCCCGCAUCCAACGUCGAACCAAGAAGUUGAGAGAACGCUCCAAGCCCACUGUCACUGCUCCCUUGAGCGAAUCGACCAAGCAUUUGACACACAUUCCCCUUCGCGACAUGGAGAACUGGGUCCACCGCCCCAUCAAAACCCGUAUGCAAGAAGUUGCCAAGCGGAAUGGUCGUGUCGCUCGUCCUAUGAACUCCUUCAUGCUCUACCGUUCCGCCUACGCAGAGCGCGCCAAGCAGCUUAUCACUGAGACCAACCACCAGAAGGUUUCUGAAGCGGCGGGUGAGAGCUGGAAGAUUGAGUCGCGUGAGACCCGGGAGAAGUACGAACUUCUGGCCAGCAUCGAGAAGAGCAACCACCUCAAGGCUCAUCCUGGUUACAAAUUCUCGCCCUCCAAGAAGGACAAGAGCCCAGACGAGUUCCGUUCGGAGCCAGACCCUAAGCAGAGACCUUCCCCCAUGUCCAGCCCUUCUUUUGCCCAGAGCGGUCGCGGCAUGAGCUGUGGUGUGGAAAGUGGCGGCUGGGACAGCCGUGACUUUACUCCCUUUGACCAAGACCAUGGCCUUCCCUCCGCAAGUUAUUUGAGCUCGUCCUGGCAAACGGGCCACCCUGGCAGACCAUUCACCGGAAUGGAUGAGGCGGCGCACCACUAUAUCCCAUCGUCUAUCCCUGCGAGUGUCGUGAACCUGCAGAAAUUGCAGUACUCGUCGUCGACGGCCCUUGCGGGAUUGCCUGGUGGCACUCACCAUGACCUUCUUCAACCUCAGACCUCCAUACCGACCCCGGGUUCGUUCACUGACGGUCAGUUGGACCCUCAGCUGCUGAAGCGCGAUACGGCCAGCCCGGCUCAUGUCUAUCACCAUAACGGUGCCUACUACCCCAUGUGGCAGGAAGGUCCCAACUAUCUGCCUGCAACGACCUCCAUGCCGUCAAAUGCAGUGCCCUACACCGUCACUGGUUACCAGCCGGGCAUGCAAGCCUUGUUGGACAACCGGGAGUCAUGGGAGUCCAGCCAAGAGGCUGGUGUUGACGGACCCAGUGGCGGCGAUUUUGACAACUGGAUCAAUCCUCAUCCUACUGGGUACUAAUUGCUCAUGAGAUUUAAUCUUCACCAGCUCAUGCCCACUACGAUGAUGAUGAUAAUUAUGAUGACGACACUGAUGAGCUGGAGGAUCUUUUUACCAACGCUGUGAACUUUCAUUUUUUUUUUUUUUUUUUUUUU